AUGUCAGACAGUACCGAAGAAAUAAAGGUAGCGGUACGCAAACCUUUCUUGCCCCAGGGCAAAUACUUGAAGCUAGAAGAAAUUGAGUAUGAAUUCGGUGGUAUUCCUGGUGUCAUUGGGAUGAUGGUUGGGUUCCCGGCAUUGAUGUAUUAUAUGUGGUUGUCAGCACAAUUUUAUAAUGGUGCUCCAGCAUGGCCUAAAGAUGGUGAAACUUGGGGUCAAUUCCUCGGCCACUUAUUGCAAUUGGUAAAAGACCACGGUGUUCCAUCUUUGUACGCGUGGACUAUCUUUCUAACCUUCUGGGUUGCACAAAUUGUGUUUUAUUACACUUUGCCUGGUGUCUGGACUAAAGGUCAACCAUUGGAUCAUUUGCAAGGCAAACAGUUGCCUUACUACUGUAAUGCCAUGUGGACUUUCUACGUUUCCAAUGCUCUGAUUAUCACUUUGCACUUGACCGGAAUCUUCAAGUUGUAUACCAUUCUUGAUAUGUUCGGAGAAAUCAUGACAUGUGCCAUUAUUUCCGGGUUUGCUUUCUCCAUUUACUUGUACGUGUACACAUUAACCGUCUCAAAGGACUACCAUAGAAUGACCGGUACCCAUAUCUAUGAUCUCUUUAUGGGUGCACCAUUGAACCCUCGUAUCGGAUACUUGGACUUGAAGAUGUUCUUCGAGGUUAGAUUGCCAUGGUACACCUUGUACUUCUUGACCUUGGGUGCCUGUUUCAAGCAAGCGGAAGUUUACGGUCGCGUUAGUCCACAACUAUGGUUGAUUUUAUUCGCACAUUGGUCUUACGCUAACGCUUGUUCCAAGGGUGAAGAGUUGAUUGUGCCAACUUGGGAUAUGGCCUACGAAAAAUUCGGGUUCAUGUUGAUCUUUUGGAAUAUCGCUGGUGUUCCAUACACUUACUGUCAUUGUACCUUGUAUUUAUACUACCAUGAUCCAUCUGAAUACCAAUGGUCGACCAUUUACAACGUGUCUCUCUUCGUUGUCUUGAUGAUCGCAUAUUACUUCUUUGAUACCACCAAUGCCCAAAAGAACUCGUUCAGAAAACAAAUAGCUGGUGAUAAAACCAUUAGAAAGACUUUCCCAUUCCUACCUAAACAAGUUUUGAAGAACCCUAAGUACAUGAUUACCGAAAAUGGCUCGUACUUGUUGAUUGAUGGUUGGUACAAAUUGGCAAGAAAGAUCCAUUACACUGCUGAUUGGACUCAAUCUCUAAUUUGGGGUUUAUCCUGCGGUUUCAACAGUCCAUUCCCAUGGUUCUUCCCUGUCUUUUUCUUCGUCGUUCUGGUUCACAGAGCUCUAAGAGACGAUGCUAAGUGCAAAAAGAAGUAUGGAGCUGACUGGGAUAAAUACUGCAAGGAAUGUCCAUACCUAUUUAUCCCGUAUGUCUUUUGA